AUGGAUAGUAAGCGCAGCAGAGACUACAAGUACUCGACCGUCAACCACGACGAGCCGGGCGAUGUGCGGAUCGAAGCCCUCGGCGAUUCCACGACAAACAGACGUCCCACGAAGACGCUUCUCACGGUUGCGAUGGGCUCAACACUAAUCGCAGCGGCCCUCUUCCUUGCCAUUGGGGGCCGCGCUUCCAAAUGCUGCACCGAAAAGGCGACCUGCUCAGGUUCGCUCGGCACCUGGGGACAAUAUUCACCCUGGGCCCCUGCGCCGUCCAAGGUCGACCCCGCGAUCCCGCCCGAAUGCAAGGUCACGUUUGCUCAGGUGCUGUCGCGACACGGCUCCCGCGGACCGACGGCUGACAAGGGAGCCAAGUAUGCAGCCUUCGUCGAGGAGCUGCAGGACUCCAUCACCGAAUACGCGGAGGGAUUCAAAUUCUUGAAGGACUACAAGUAUGACCUCACUACCGAUGAUUUGUCGCCGUAUGGCGAGAAUGAAAUGGUUGAGUCGGGCAAGCUCUUCUACAGCCGCUACAAGAACUUGGCCGCCAAGACGGAGCCCUUUGUCCGAGCUUCUGGGUCUGGCCGCGUCAUAAUGUCGGCGCAAAACUUUACUCAAGGCUACUACGGCGCGCAGGGCCGCAACGGCGACGACUUUGCCGCGCGCAUCCUGGUGAUCCCUGAGGAAGAAGGGUACAACAACACGCUGGAGCACGGCAGCUGCAAGCUGUUCGAGGAGGGCCCCGGCAAGAAGGAGGGCAGCGCGAAGCAGAAGAAGUGGAAGGAAAUCUGGGUGCCGCCCGUGCAGAAGCGGCUAAGCGAGAAGCUCCCCGGCGCCGAGUUUGACAUUGAAAGCACCGUGUACUUUAUGGAGCUCUGCCCGUUCGAGACGGUCGCCUCCCCGUCGCUGGCACUGUCGCCCUUUUGCCGGGCCUUCUCAGUGGACGAGUGGCGCAGCUACGACUACCACCAGUCGCUCGAAAAGUGGUACGUGUACGGUCCCGGGCGCGACCUCGCGUCGUCGCAGGGCGUCGGGUUCGUCAACGAGCUGCUCGCGCGGCUGACGGGCCAGCCCGUGCGCGACCACACGUCGACCAACUCGACGCUGGACGGGUCGCCGGCGACGUUCCCGCUGGACCGCGCGCUGUACGCCGACUUCAGCCACGACAACGGCAUGAUGACUGUGUUCACGGCGCUGCGGCUGUUCGAGGGCACGGAGGACCUGCCGACGACGCGGCGGGCGUCGCCGGAGCAGCUGGGCGGGUACUCGGCGUCGUGGGCGGUGCCAUUUGGGGCGCGCAUGUACGUGGAGAAGUUGCAGUGCGGUGGUGGUGACGAGGAGCUGGUGCGGAUCUUACUUAAUGACCGCGUGGUGCCGCUGCACGGGUGCGACGCGGAUGAGCUGGGUCGCUGCAGGCUGGACAAGUUUGUCGAGUCGAUGAAGUUUGCGACGAGCGGUGGUGAAUGGAGUCGCUGCGGAUGA